UCGUAGAAAUCCCUAAUUUCUCAUAUACGCGGAAUUGAUCGGAACCCUAGGUUGUGUUAGCAGGCGGGAAUCAUCUACCGUCGAGGAUCGGAAUUCGGCAAUGGCGGAGCACCUGGCGUCGAUAUUCGGAACGGAGAAGGACCGGGUGAACUGUCCUUUCUACUUCAAGAUCGGCGCGUGCAGGCACGGAGACCGUUGCUCUCGUCUCCACACAAAGCCGAGCAUCAGUCCGACGCUUCUAUUGUCCAACAUGUACCAGCGGCCUGACAUGAUUACACCUGGCGUCGAUGCGCAGGGACAGCCUAUCGAUCCCAAGAAGAUGCAAGAACACUUCGAGGAUUUCUAUGAAGACCUAUUUGAGGAACUCAGCAAGUAUGGAGAGAUUGAAAGUUUGAAUGUUUGUGACAAUCUAGCUGAUCAUAUGGUAGGUAAUGUCUAUGUCCAGUUUCGAGAGGAAGAACAUGCAGCAAAUGCUCUGAAAAAUCUCACAGGAAGAUACUAUGCAGGUCGUCCCAUAAUUGUUGAUUUUUCUCCUGUGACGGAUUUCCGUGAAGCGACUUGUAGGCAGUAUGAGGAGGAUGCCUGCAACCGUGGUGGAUACUGUAAUUUUAUGCAUCUUAAGAGGAUUAGCAGGGAGUUGAGGCGCCAGUUGUUUGGGAGACACCGGAGAAGGCGCAGCAGGAGCAGAAGUCCCUACAGACACCGCAGCUACGAGGAUCACUCUCAUGGAAGUCGCCAUCACAGAAGGCAUGACGACCGGGAUUACUAUGAAAGCCGGAGCAGGAGGCACCGGAGCACAAGUCCAGACCAUAAGAGGAAUAGAAGCAGCGGGAGCCCAGGUGGCAGGAGGGACCGCAGUCCUAUCCGCGAAGGGAGCGAAGAGAGGCGCGCAAAAAUUGAGAUGUGGAACAGGGAAAGGGACGAGGCGAAACGUGCUACUGAAGGUGGCAAAGAAAGCAGAAAUGAAAACAGGGAUGAUUAGGAAUUCAGCCACAACAGGAUACCCGUCGGUAGCGAUGAUGACUACAAUGGUGGUGUGCAGGUUUACAAUUCUAUCAUAAGGAAAACAUGAUUAGAAAAUGCCUGCCAUUUCUAUGUGCUUUUUUUAACUUGUCUAAAAUGCAUGUUUUAUGAGCAUGAUGCAUGUCUUCAUAUGAUCUAAUAGCUAAAUCUGUCCUAUGUCCUUUCCGACACUCCUAAUCCUUCCCCUUAGACAUCUUCUUGUCCUUCAGAUAUUAGUUUGCUUGUCUGCCGAUGAUAUUACAGCUUGAGAGGUAGUUUCAUUUUAUUACGUCGCUACUACACCUAGUCCUUUUGAAUGCAUUUUUCUCUCAGGUUAAAACUCUCCUGUUUUUCGAGCCCUUUUCUGCCAAAUGAUUUGUAUAUGUUAUUCUAGUAGGGCUAUUUUAAUUUUUUUCCUAGUCUUCCCAAUUUUUCUGAAUCAGCCAUGCUUGGUUUCUCACUUGCUAUUUUAUGUUUGGUUAAACUGAUUUUUAGUUUCGUAACUAUACAUUUUUAUCAUUUGCCCCGUAACUGGAGCCUAUCGCAAACUAGUCCCAUAAGUGGAAAAUUUUCGCAUUUUUAUUCCUCCGGCGCUAGGGAUGCUUGCGUGGCACUCGUGUGGCUUAUAGAAUUAAAAUUUCGAAAAAAAUUUAUUUACGGGACUAAUUUGCGAUAAACUUCAAGUACAGGACUAAAAUGAUAAAAAGGUCUUAUUACAGGACACUAAAGAAUCAGUUUACCAUUUAAGUUUUUGACUGAUUGUUUACCUUAGUUUAUGAAAAUUCCUUGUAAAUAAACCAUGCCUCGUUUCUCACCGUUACCUACUACGUACGUUUUAUGAAAAUCAUUCACAUCAGGUAUCCUGAACCUUGCGACACAUCCAGGCUUUGUGAGUGUUCGUUAAUCUUUUUGUUCAUGUCCCUUUACAACUAAUUUUUGCUUCUUUUGAAUUUUGAUUGAUUCUCACGCAAUUUACUAGUUUUGCAGGUACAGGUACCCUGCAUUGUAAGAACAUGAGCCAUGAUUUUAACGCAGGAUUACUCUGUAAUUUUUUUUACAGGUGUUCUUGCUCUUCGUGAAUUGGUUGUCUGGUAACAGAGUAUUUGCAGGAUGGAUGUAUCAACACCGGUGGAUUAAAAUCGACUUGUGUUUUUAGUUUUGCUGGUUGGGUGAAUGAGAUACAGGUUUGUAGACAUUUUGUUGUUUCGAAACAAGUUUAUGCAUGUUUAGUUUUGUUUCCUUUGCAACUUGAGAGCAGCAGCAGGAAUUCUCUUUUACCAUUUAGGUACACAUCUACUGUUUUCUCUAUUUGAUUGAUAAAAUGAAUGGUAGAAAGGCAAACAUUUUUUGUUAUGGCAACCAGCUAGGCUGUUGGAUGCAUUUGUGCAUGCUUUGGUAACUGGAAUUGGGCUUAAGUGUCACUUUGGACAAAUUUGAAAUGGUAUCUAAAAAUGUCUUGGGUUUGUGACCAUCUUUUUUAUCUUUUUUUUUUUAAUUUUUUUAUUAUGACGCGGGAACCCGUAGCCGCUACCCGAAAGUGCGUACCGGGUAAACCCCCAAUCUUUUUUAUCUUUUAGCGGAACAGAAGGUGGGUUGUGAUUGAUGUUUUUAUUAGAUCUAGCAAUAAGUUCAUUCAUGUUCGGUUGAAUAUUUUAAAUGAGCUAAAUUACUCAAUUUUAACUCGAUCUAUUUAUUAUUGUUUGCAAUGUUAUAUUAGUUUAUAUUAGUUUUAGUGUAAUAUGUAUAAUUAGGUUGAAUUAUUUAAAAUUGAAUUUUGUUUAAAUUAAUAUUUGGGUUAAUAAUCAAAUUAGAAUUAUUAUAUAUAUAUAAUUAUAUAUUAAUUCUCGGGUUAAUUGAAAUUUUGUAUUUAACUUCAAUUAUUUUGUGUUGGGUUCUCUGUUGUCAUGUUGUGUCAACUUUUGCUUGGUAUGUCAAAAAAAAUAAUUUUUGUGUAAUGUUUCAAAUAAAAAAUACAUGUUGGAUAUUAUAUUUUAGGGAAUAGUGCUGAAAUGUUAAAUAUUUAAGAGGUUUUUGGGAAUUUCAAAAAAAAAUGGUAAAUGGUAAAAAGUUUGCUACUUCAUGUUAUAUUUUGUUAGAAUAAAUGGAUAUUUAUUAUUAUUUAAUUUUUUUGAAAAAUGAAAUUAUUCUUGAUGAAUAGUAGUAUUAAACUAUUUUUGAAAUGUGUACGGAAAUAUUGGCGUUGUUUUUUGGUGUGGAAAGAUAAUACCUAUACAUAAUGUAUAUCUGUAUAAUACUUAACGCAAAUGAUUUGUAGUUAGUGGCGGGUUCUUCGAGUAAAAGAAAAGUAUCAUCAUUUAUUGUAUGAGAACUCUUGUGGUUGUGUUCUUAGUAUUUGUGAUUUUAAAAUUUUUUGUUAUUAUUAUUUAGAAAUUUGAAAGUAUUGUGAGAAAAUAUGAAAGUGGUAUUAAACUAUUUUAUUAUUAUUAUUUUAUUUUUUAUUUUUUGAAUGCGUUGUGGGAGCUUUAAAAAACCAAAUAUAUGGCAAGUAGUAGAUAUAAAUUGGAUUUUUUAAUUGACAAAUUAUUCUUACAAAGCGUCCAAUGAUAACCGACGCAAGUCUAGAACAUUUCUGUAUGAUUCCUGCCAAAAGGAAGUGUACAUUGCUUGUCCUACUUGGUUUCUUUGCGCAAACACAAGAGAAAAAUAUGCUGUGUUUGUAUUUAUUUUUUUUUUUAAUUAAUAUAAAAAUAUGUAUUGAAUGGGUAAGAUAUUGAAAAUGUUUUGACAGUAAAAUAUAUAUAUUUAUUAAAAAUAAAUUUAUAAAUAUUUCAAAUGUUUAUUUCGUUGGAUUCGAACGUGAGUUAUUGAGUGCAAUAUUGACUGUCACUCACGUGUAUAGAUUCCUACUGUAAACAUAUUUUUUUUAAUAAUAAUAAUAAUUACACAUUUAAAUUUCAGAAUUAUACAAAUCUUGCAUCUGGAAACAUAAGUAGUGUUAUAAAUGUUUUAAUUGUUUGUAGAGCAAAUAUCUGAUCUGAUCAGUUAAAUUAAAUUACAGUAGAAAAAAAUUCAUGGAUUUAAGCAAAGGUAAACUAUUUUUUAUUGCUUCCCUAUUUCCGACCUCUUUUGAGCAACCCGGAACGGACGGUACGACGGCGAUUUUGGGGCACAGGAAGAAGUUUCUAGAACCCAAAUCUAUUACCCUCUCCUUCCUUUCUAUACCUGUAUACGAUUAAAGGAUAUAAUUAAUAUUUAGUUUGUUUGAUUAGAUAUGUAAAUACAAAAAAAAAUAAUAUAUGAUUAUAAAAAUGAGAUUGUAUGUGUUUGAUUGGAUUAGAUCAACUUAAUUUGAGCUUGCACAAAUUUAUUUUUAGAUAUUCUUGAAAAGACCUAAUAGUAAAGUUGAUUUAGAACUUAUAAAAAGAAAUUUUUUUUUUACAAUUUUGAACGUGGACUUGGUUUGCACCCAAUGUUACAAUUAAUAAUAAAAGUAUAAAAAAUAUAUAUAAAAAAUUUAUUUAUUACUUCUUUGGUCGCAAAUAGUACUGUAUAAUAAAAAAUAAUUGUAUUUAUUAAGUAGAGUAUUAUAGCGGAGACUUACAUUCGAGGGUAAAUUGGGAAUAAUGCAAAUCGAAGGCGGAAGCGUCCGCCGACGGCAGGACCGGCCGCCGCGCCUCCUUUACGUACUGGCGCAGCGCCGCCGAUAUAAGGUCCUCCGCGGUGGCCUCUGGAGGCAGCAGCACGUGCACGGCGCCGGUACUCCUCUGUAUCGUCACGUUCAGCAGCAACUUUGCAGGCUUCGCCGGCUGUGUCCUUGCCGCCAUGUCCUCCGCCUUUCUCCCCUUCAACAAUUCAGGAACUGUUUUUGGCCUCGGAAGCAUCUCCUCCGCCGCCGCAGUGAAAGAUCCUCUACCGUGAAACGACGUCGCCUUCUCCGAUAAGAAUUUCUCUUUCUUAUAAUCCUUCUCGUAGCUUUCUCCGCCUCCUUUCCGGUUCCUCCUCACCGGCGACGGCAUCGAAAUCUAACAAUAAAAAUUAAACUGCUUCUUCGAUAUAUAUAUAGUAAUUACCAAUCACUGAGAUCUGACUAAAUUAUCUCAGACGGCGAUAGCGGAAGAAUCGCAGAUGAGGAAAUCCAGGAGUAGAUAAUUCAGAAACACCGUCGCCGGCAGACAUAACCGAAUCACGCGGAGGAACACGG